AUGAAAUUUACCCAACCUAAAUUGAUAUUCUCCACCAGACGAACUAACAAAGAACAACAACAACAACAACAGCAGCAGCAGCAGCAGCAACAGCAGCAGCAGCAACAGCAACAACAAGCCUUGCUGCCUUCACAACAUUCACAAAAACAAGUACAAACGGAAUCACAUAGUUUAGACGACGGAUUAGCUAUUUGUUUAUUCGGUUAUUCAGUUCAAGCUCAAACUCAUCUAAUUCACCAAUCUCAACUUUCCACUUGUAUCACAAAGACGAAUAUCUCGAAGGAAAGCCCUGCGGAAUCAGCUCAGAUCCAACGACAGCAAAAACAACAACGGCAGCAAGAAGAAGUCAACUACGAGAUGUACGAUUCCACUUAUGAAGAAGAAAUUAGACAACAAGCUGUUAUGGCCGAGGUACUGCCUGACGCUGAAAUGUGGGCUAAGUGGGAAAAGACAGAAGCUCCUUUAAGACAAGGUAGAGGAUGGUUUCCUCGACUAGACCGACAUUUCCUUGAACUACUUGUGAUUUCAGAGAUUCACGCUCUGUCACAACCACUCCAUUCUUCUCCACCUGGAACGGCAGAUCGUAUUCAUCGACACGCAUCUCGUGUACGUAGAGUCGCAUGCGAACGAAUUGGUGCAGAAAGGUUGAACGCUUAUUGCGAAAGAGUCAAAGAAGCUUUCGAAGCUUAUAUGAUGGGUGGCUGGUCUCAUGCGCAAGCUCAAUCACAGUCACAGUCUCAGUCUGAUGAAAACCUAUCAGAAGCAAUAGCAACAGAAGAAGAAGAAGAAGAAGAAGAAGAAGCGGGAGAUGAAGAAGAGGAAAGAGGUAGAAAACUUGAAAAAGGAAAUGGAAGUAUCAAAAGGACUGACAAGCCAUACAUUUCGAAAACAGGAUCUCAAGAUGAAGAUACGAUGGAUAUAGGGACUGAGAAUGAGAAUGAGAUUAACAGUUCGAUUGGACCAAUUCCAACUAUCAAUAUAAUACCAAGUCAAGAAUCGUCUUCUGAAUCCUUUUCUUCUUCGGAAGAAGAUAUAUUCGGAAGGGAAGAUGCGGCGACUGCGUCUUCAAAUAGGAGUUGUUCUCAUUCUGAUGCUGAUUCUGCUUCGGAGCUGGAUUCAUUCUCUGAAAUGAGUGAAAUACCACUUAGUCAAGUAGCAGAAAGAUCUGAAACAGAAAACGAUAUUGAAAACGGAGACCAUUUUUCCGAAAAAGCAACUAGAGGAAAUGAAACUGCAAAUCGAGAUGAAAACAGUAUCCAAGUUGAUGAUGAGGAGGAUGAUGACGAUGGUAACAAUCCCUCGCACGAUUUCGAGAAAUCAAUUUCGAAUUCAAGUUUAGAUAAUAACGUUAAAGGAUUGAUGGAUAUUGAUGAUCAAGGGUUAACGUAUUCGAAUAUCACAGAUGCUAAACAUAGAGCUGAAUUCCCUGCUUUGGAUAGACUGAGAAGUUCUUGA